GCCUAUCGUGUGAGCGGUGAAGGAGCUGGUCCUGGCGGAGCGUCCUGCUGUAAGGAGGGAGACUUCCACACUGCACAAAAAGCCAGGCGAGCGGUCGUCGCUGAAAUGAACCAGAGCCCUCCAGCACUCGCCAUGGAUUAAAAACGGAAACUUUUACGAUGGCUCUGAACGUGAAAAAGUAGCCCGAGAAGCUAACCACCGCCACCGCCGGACCCUCUACUGCAAAGCAACUCCUGGUAGAUGCACAGCCACCGCUGAAAAAAAUAUGCUCCAGCCAAGCCGCCUCAACCCCGGCUUCAAAUUCCCCGUGUUUUAACCAGUUUCGUGAGACAUUCGCUGGCCUUUCUUUUACAUUUACGUUUGUUUCUUUUAACGUUUUUACCUUUAAAGUCCGCUGUACAAGUCCCCGACCCACCUGCGAGAGAGAAUUAUGGCAGGGAAGCUGACAGCAGCGCAAGGCACUGGGAUACUGCUGGUUACAGCCAACGUUGGAUCCCUGUUCGAGGAUCCUGAAAAUCUACAGAAAACAUGGCUGAGGGAGUUUUACCAGACAGUACAGUCACAUAAGCCUCACUUUGUGGCGGUGCACUGUCAAGAGGUCGGUGGGAAAAACUACGAGGCGUCCAUGUCACACGUGGACAGUUUUGUGAAAGAGCUCUUGUCCAGUGAUGCCAUGAAGGAGUACAGCAGAGCCCGCGUCUACCUCGAUGAGAACUACAAAUCCCAGGAGCAUUUCACAGCUCUUGGAAGUUUCUACUUUAUCCACGAGUCUUUGAAAAACAUCUACCAGUUUGAUUUCAAAGCUAAGAAAUUUAAGAAGGUGGUGGGGAAGGAAACCUGCUCAGAGACACUAGAAAGCACACCUUCGCUGGAGAAGGAGAAGUUUCCACAGGACUACUUUCCUGAGUGCAAGUGGUCCAGAAAGGGAUUCAUCAGAACUCGAUGGGCCCUGGCUGACUGUGCCUUUGAUCUGGUCAACAUCCACCUUUUCCACGAUGCUUCCAACCUUGUGGCCUGGGAGAAAAGCCCCUCAGUCUACUCUGGGACCAGGCAGAAGGCCCUGGGAUACGUUUUAGACAGGAUCACGGACCAGCGGCAUGAGAAGUUGCCAUAUUUUGUGUUUGGGGACUUUAACUUCAGGUUGGACUCGAAGCAAGUAAUUGAGAGUCUCUGCUCUACUGCCACCAUGCAGACAGUCAGAGCUGCCGACACCAAUGAAGUUGACAAGCUAAUAUUCCGAGAAAGUGACAAUGACCGAAAGGUUGUUCUUCAACUUGAAAAGAAGCUUUUUAAUUAUGUCAACCAGGACGUUUUCCGGGAAAACAAUGGGACCUCACUUUUAGAGUUUGACAAAGAGCUGUCGGUGUUCAAGGAUCGGCUGCAUGAGCUGGAGAUCUCUUUCCCACCCAGUUAUCCGUACAGUGAAGACAGCAGUCAGGGGAAGGAGUACAUGAACACCAGAUGCCCUGCCUGGUGUGACCGAAUCCUCAUGUCUCCCUCUGCCAGGGACCUGGUCUUGAAGCCUGAAAAUGAGGAGAAGUCUAUAGUCUAUGAUAACAUUGGGCCCAAUGUCUGCAUGGGGGACCACAAGCCUGUCUUCCUGUCCUUCCGAAUAACAGCGGGGGCAGGUAAACCUAAUGCAAAUAAGCACAAGUGUUGUGUGGUGCAGUGAUGUCGUGGGAAGUCUUGCCAAAGGGGGGAGAACAUAUUCCGUGAAGCGCCUCUGUGAGAACACAAGAGAAACAAACACCACACACAGACACACACUUGCACAAACACACACACACAGAGACACACACACACUUUGCACAAGCGUACACUGAAGACAAACUUUUUCAGUAGUGCUGACCAGUUGCAGUUGUCCGGACACCUCAUCCAUAUGAAAACACAGCCGUUUUCUCUCCAUAAAACACUUUUUGAGAUGUGGACGAGCACCCGAGGGCCCGGCUCCAGACAAGACACACAUCGCUGACCUCACCGUUGCCAUGCAACCCCAUUCCCCAGAGAAGAAAAAAAACAGGACAGACGGAAGGACGACUCUUUUCCAUGCCACAGCCACAUUGCCAAAACUCUAAUUGAAAUCAGUCCUACUACAUCCUUUUAGACACCGUACUUGCCAUUUUUAGGUAUGCCUCUAUGUAUAGAAGCUACUUUCCAUACAGUAUGUAAGGUGUUUUAAAAAAAGAAAAGUGCAAUGCAAAAAAAGUUGUAUAUCUAUAUUGUUAGGUUUAUUUGUAAAUUGGACAGUAUAACAUAGAGUUGUUGAUGGUUUUAGUGCCGUUUUCUUUUCUGACCAAACUUUGUGGUCCCUUUGUUGGAAUAGAUAGAAACUUCUGACUUUAUUUCAACAACAAUAUAUAUAUAUAUAUAUAUAUAUAUAUAUAUAUAUAUAUAUAUAAAGAUUUUUUUGUUUGUUUCAUUUUGUUUUUGCGUUGUUGUUGUUGUGUGCACAACACACGGCCAUGCCUGACACAUCAGUUGAGUCUCAUUUUAUAUGCUGUACUUUUUAAAGAGAUAAUUUAUAAUUCUUACCAAAAUGUUUAUGCUGAAGUGUGUGCAGACACGGAGAGCCUGGCUCUGUGUUCCUGCAGCCACAGUGACCUUUGAAUAAGAAGAGAGAAGCAGAGAAACUGUUCAGUGAUUUAUUGCCUAUCCAAGAAUGUUGUAAGCAGUGCCAUAGACCAUGCAAGUAUAUAAGAUAAUGUUUCCUAUAUAGCACUCUCACAUUAUGUCAUUAUUAUUAUUCUUACUCUAACUUAUUUCUAUAAUAUUAUGGUUCUGAAUGUGAUAUUUUAGAUAGGCUUGGGUGUCCUUAAAAUGUAAACUGUUUCUUUUUAUUUUAUUUUUUUGUCUAUUUUUGUUACUGCAUUAUGGUGCCAAGUAUCCUACACAGACAUGAAGUGUGUAAGAGUCUAAAAUACUUAAGUCAGACGGUAAGAGGUGUUGAUUUUUGAAAUGUUUUAAAAAAAGAAACUCUAAACGCGGGGACAGGGCAGGGAGAGUGUUUUUAUUUGUUCUAAAUGUAGCCUUCAGCAGCCUUCAUUGCAAACAAUUGGAGCAUUAAAGACGCCAGCGUUUCUUUUUCAUCGAUUUCAUUUAGUACACUACAGGUUUCCUCCGUGAUUUUUAUCCUAUUUUAUUUUUCAUCUAAAUCACCGCAAGUGGAAAUGAUUUUGUGCCUGCUGCAGAAUUUAUGUCGUCUUGUGUGAUUUGGUUCAUAGGCAAAAAGUGUAAAAACAUAUUUUAAAAAAAAGAGAGAGAAGCCCUGCUUGUUUUUGUUCCCGCUGCUCUUUGUGAGUAUACUGUAGGAGUAUAAGCCGCAGUUUUUAUCUUCACUCCAUCUUAUAAAGCAGAUAGAGAUUUUAUUCUAGCCCCUCUGGACGGCCUGGCCUCUACUGUAGGUGAUGCAGUUCUCAAGCAAUAAAAACCAUUAGAGCUCA